AUGCUGCCGUCGGCGUACGAGAACGCGGGCCUCCGGGGCAAGCGGCUCGCGGAGAAGGAGAAGCAGCGCCGCACGGGGCUCAACCGGCUCCUGGGCAAGAUCGACAAGGAGGCGAGCAGUCCCAAGAAGCACCGCAAGCCCUACGACCUCACGGAGCCCGACGUCGCCGCCGCCGUCGCCGCGCUCUCCGCCAAAAACAAGCAGGCGGCCGUCGCGGCCCUGGCCGCGCGGCCCGGCGCGCCGCUGCCCGAGGCGGCGCUCCUCGCGGCGUCCCUGUCCCUCGACGGGCCCUACCGCUUCCUGCCGCGGUGGAUGCACAAGGGCGCCGUGAAGAAGGGCGUGACGCUGUUGACCGAGGGCGACGCCGCGCUCCGCAUCAGCGACAUCGCCGGCCUGCCGGCGCCCUGCCUCGAGAACGCCUGCGUGGCGCGGGGCCUGCUGAAGCCGACCAAGGCCGAGAUGGAGCGGGGGCUCGCCGAGUGGCUCCGCGUCGUGGACAAGGCGGACGCGGUCUCCGAGGACGAGGGCAAGCGCGCGCGCCUCGCGCUCCUCGCGGUCAACACGGUCGCGUCCAUCCGCGAGGGGGCCGUGGCGAAAGAGCCGGGCGUCGCGCUGCUCUACGCCGGCAAGGGGUUCUAG